AUGCUGGCCCCCUGGAGAAUAUGCUGCAAUAAAAAAUCCAAAACUAAAAGUGGAAAAGCUGAAAUGGACCUUAUGGCAGACACAAGUGGAAAAAUGCAGAUGAAAAAAGAAAUCACGUUACUAAAUGGAGUUUCUUUGAUUGUGGGGAACAUGAUUGGCUCUGGGAUAUUUGUAUCACCCAGAGGUGUUUUAAUGUACAGUGCUUCCUACGGACUCUCUCUAGUCAUCUGGGCACUUGGCGGGAUGUUUUCACUGUUUGGAGCUUUAUGUUAUGCUGAAUUGGGAACAUCCAUCGUUAAAUCUGGAGGCAGUUAUGCCUAUAUCUUGGAAGCAUUUGGUGCCUUUGUGGCCUUCAUCAGACUGUGGUCUUCCUUGCUAAUUAUUGAACCAACAACCCAGGCAGUGAUAGCAAUCACGUUUGCCAACUAUAUUGUUCAACCAAUUUUUCCUCAUUGUGAGCCUCCGUAUGAUGCAGUCAGGUUGAUUGCAGCUGCUUGUAUUUGUUCCUUAACAUUUAUCAAUUGUGUUAAUGUCAAGUGGGGAACCCGUGUACAAGAUGUUUUCACAUAUGCAAAAGUUAUGGCUCUUAUCUUGGUGAUAGCUGUUGGCCUUUACAAAAUUGGUAAAGGAGAAACAGAAAAUCUGAGAGCUCCGUUCGAGGGCUCAGCAACAAACCCAGGGAUGAUCGCUCUGGCUCUCUACUCUGCCCUCUUCUCCUACUCGGGAUGGGACACACUCAACUAUGUCACGGAGGAAAUGCAGAACCCCGAGAGGAAUCUGCCUCUUUCUAUUGCAAUUUCAAUGCCUAUUGUGACUGUUAUUUACUUGCUGACUAACAUAGCAUACUAUGUAGUGUUGGACAUGUCAGCUCUCCUCACAAGUGAUGCAGUGGCUGUGACGUUUGGCAGUGAAACCCUUAGUUAUGCGAAGUGGAUCAUUCCUGUAGCAGUGGCCAUGUCUUGCUACAGUGGCUUAAACUCAUCAAUAAUCGCAGCAUCUAGGCUUUUUUAUGUUGGAGCCAGGGAAGGACACCUUCCAGACAGUCUGAGCUUGAUUCAUGUGAAGUGCUUCACACCAGUGCCUGCUCUCCUCUUCAAUGGCUUAAUGACUUUGCUUUAUCUCCUUGUGGAAGAUGUUUUCCUCCUCAUUAAUUACUACUGUUUCAACUACUGGCUUUUUGUGGGUCUGUCUAUUGCAGGACUGAUAUAUUUGAGAUAUACUCAGCCACAUAGACCAAGGCCUGUUAAACUUAGCCUCUUCUUCCCCAUAGUAUACUGUUUAUGUUCCCUUUUCCUGGUCAUAGUUCCUCUCUACAGUGACACAAUCAAUUCCCUUAUUGGUGUUGGUAUUGCCCUCUCAGGNAUUCCUGCAUAUUAUCUGGGAGUCUAUCUGCCAUUUGAAAAACGACCUAAAUGUCUACAGUGGCUUUCUGCUACAUCGACAAAAUAUGCUCAGAUGCUCUUCUACUGUGCUCUGUCAGACCUGGACAUCGACAUGGAACCUACAACAGCUAAGAGUAAAUAG